UUAGUUCUCCAAUCAGAAGACAGUGAUGUGUAUAAAUAGGCGCCGCACAGCCCGUAUUCUAUCACACUUGUGUUUCAUCAGCCAUGGCAAGAACCAAGCAGACCGCUCGUAAGUCCACCGGAGGGAAAGCUCCCCGCAAGCAGCUGGCUACCAAAGCCGCCCGCAAGAGCGCCCCGGCCACCGGCGGAGUCAAGAAGCCUCACCGCUACAGGCCCGGCACCGUCGCUCUCCGAGAGAUCCGACGCUACCAGAAAUCCACCGAGCUGCUCAUCCGCAAGCUGCCCUUCCAGCGCCUCGUCCGAGAGAUCGCCCAGGACUUCAAGACCGACCUGCGUUUCCAGAGCUCCGCCGUCAUGGCUCUGCAGGAGGCCUCCGAGGCUUAUCUCGUAGGACUCUUCGAGGAUACCAACCUCUGCGCCAUCCACGCCAAGAGGGUCACCAUCAUGCCCAAAGACAUACAGCUGGCACGCCGCAUCCGUGGAGAGAGGGCAUCCAAGUCCGCUCCGGCGCCCAAGAAGGGCUCCAAGAAAGCCGUGACCAAGAGCCAGAAGAAGGAUGGCAAGAAACGGAGGAAGAGCAGGAAGGAGAGUUAUGCCAUCUACGUGUACAAGGUGCUCAAGCAGGUCCACCCCGACACCGGCAUCUCCUCCAAGGCCAUGGGCAUCAUGAACUCCUUUGUCAAUGACAUCUUCGAGCGCAUCGCCGGAGAAUCUUCCCGCCUGGCUCAUUACAACAAGCGCCGCACCAUCACCUCCCGGGAGAUCCAGACCGCCGUCCGCCUCCUCCUGCCCGGAGAGCUGGCCAAGCACGCCGUCUCCGAGGGCACCAAGGCCGUCACCAAGUACACCAGCGCCAAUCCAAUGUCAGAGCUCCUGAUUCGUACACAUUGUAUGAUGUGGAGGGAACUCCCAACCCCACACAAAGAAGGCGCCGCACAGCCCGUAUUCUAUCACACUUGUGUUUCAUCAGCCAUGGCAAGAACAAAGCAGACCGCUCGUAAGUCCACCGGAGGGAAAGCUCCCCGCAAGCAGCUGGCUACCAAAGCCGCCCGCAAGAGCGCCCCGGCCACCGGCGGAGUCAAGAAGCCUCACCGCUACAGGCCCGGCACCGUCGCUCUCCGAGAGAUCCGACGCUACCAGAAAUCCACCGAGCUGCUCAUCCGCAAACUGCCCUUCCAGCGCCUCGUCCGAGAGAUCGCCCAGGACUUCAAGACCGACCUGCGUUUCCAGAGCUCCGCCGUCAUGGCUCUGCAGGAGGCCUCCGAGGCUUAUCUCGUAGGGCUCUUCGAGGAUACCAACCUCUGCGCCAUCCACGCCAAGAGGGUCACCAUCAUGCCCAAAGACAUACAGCUGGCACGCCGCAUCCGUGGAGAGAGGGCAUAAUCUACUCCGCCGACAUCCUCAUCACCCCCUCCGACACACAAAACAAAGGCUCUUCUCAGAGCCACCA